CUGUCCUUAUGUCUUCAGGGUGGGCUGCAUCACUAAGACAGGAGCAGGACCUUUCAGUGAUGCUUCACCGCCUGUUGUUAUGGCUACUCACCCUGAAGAGGUUCACAUUCCUCUCAUUCUGACUGAGUGCCCAGGGUCAAAGGUCACUGGAUUAGGGCAACAGACCACACACAAGACCUACACCUUCCUGUCUGAGAUCAAUAGAGGCCGUUUCAGCGUGGUGACUGAGUGUAGGGACGAGGAGAGCAGAAAAAUGUUUGCUGCCAAGAUCACACCGUACCGGGCAGAGCAGAGACUGAUGGUUCUGAGAGAGUACCAGCUGCUGAAGAAGCUCCGUCACUCCCACCUGGUGCAGCUGCACAUGGCCUACAUCACCUCCCGCUACCUGGUGUUAGUGGAGGAGCUCUACCCCGGCAAAGAGCUGCUCCACAGUUUGGCUGGAAGGGAUCUGUACGCAGAGAGGCAUGUGACUGAGCUGCUGAUUCAGAUUCUGGGCGCAGUCAACUACCUUCACAGCCGGCGAGUCGUCCACUUAGACCUGAAAUCUGACAACAUGUUAGUGACCAUCACAACAAAGUCAAGAUUGUCGACUUUGGCUCGGCUCAGUCCUUCACAUAUGGACAACCGCUCAACAUAGAGCACAUCCAGGGCCUGUCUGGAAACAGAGUUUAUAUUGUCCUUCCCAAAGCUCCGGAAAUCCUAGAUGGCCAGGGUGUUGGGGCCAGAGACUGACAUAUGGGCUAUUGGAGUUCUCUCUUUCAUCAUGUUGAGUGCCGACAGCCCAUUUCACGCAGAGCACAGCUGGGAACAAGACAAAUACAUCAAGAAAGGAAAGAUCCAGUUUGGUCGCUGUUAUCCUGGUCUGUCAGAAGGAGCCUUAAACUUCAUGAAGAGGACCCUCAACAACAAAACCUGGGGGAGACCCACAGCUGCUGAAUGUCUCCAAAAUCCAUGGCUACGUGGCCAACGCUCCUCCAGCAGACCCCAAGCCUCCAAAGUGUGUUUCUCCACUGACAAGCUGAAAGCUUACCUUAAGCAGAGGGAGGUCAAACGAGACGAGAUCCGCAUCAAGAUUCAGGGCCCCUUCUUCCAGUAAGACAGUAAUGCUAA